GACGACUUCAUAACACUAGGAUGGUAUUGUUCAAUUGUACUGCUGGCAGCAGAGUCCAUGACGUUGACAACACUGGCCAGUAUGGUUUAUAUGGUAUAUGCUGGUGCUCACCCAACAAUCCUCAGUUGCGGAUCAGUCCACUUUAACAAUACCGAAGAAGCAUGCUUGAGCUUGACUUCUUUAAGAGAGAGCACCGGUUGUGUACCUGAAUUGGAAUAUCAGUUCCAGUCAGUAAACGUUGAUGUAAGUGUUUUCCAGUCUUGGACUGGUAAAUCAGUGAAAAACAGUAUAUCUCUUCAAAUGUUCAGUGUGCUCGCUGGAUCACUGAUAAGUGGUCCGCUCAGUGACCGAUACGGAAGAAAAAAGAUCCUUAUUUCAUCUCUUUUUGGUGUAGGCCUCUUUUCACUGGCCACGGCAUUAUCAGGAACAUUCCUACAGUUCAAUAUUCUUCGAGCCAUUGCAGGAGUUUUCACCGGUGGUCUCUCUUUGAAAAGUCUUUUUAGGGUCCUCGGAGUCUACCUGAUCGAGAACAUUCCAAAACAUCAUCGGAUGUGGAUAAAUACCGUGGUAACAUGGUCACCGAACUUCAUCAUCUAUCCGAUUAUCGCCUAUUUUUGUCAUGACUGGCGCAAACUAUCAAUGUUCAUCAAAGAAAUCACCCUUUCCACUUACAGCUGUCUUCACGAAAGCCCUCGAUGGUUGAUUCAACAUGGACGCAUCGAAGAAGCCCGUAGAGUUCUAGCGAGUAUCAGGCGGAUGAACGGAAAUACGUGUGAGAAGGAGGCAGCUGAAAUUGAAGAAAUGCUCAAGAAUGAGCAUGAAAACUAUACAUUCUACCAUUUGGUUUGUACAUGGAAGUACUUCCGAUGGAGCGUAACACUUUGUUCCGGCCUAAUCUUCGCGUCGCUGGUCAAUUACGGUCUCCUAUUCAAUAUGGAAAAGCUCUCAGGAUCACUGUACUGGAACANAUUGCUUCUCUCAGGAUCACUGUACUGGAACAACACCCUCUUCGGAGUGAUCAGAUGGGCAAUCAAUAUUUUAGUCGGCGCUAGUGAUUAUUUUUGCCGAUGUGUCGGAAGAAAACUCGUCCACUUUGUUGCCAUCACUUCUAUCAUUGGUGCCCUGGCGAUUAUCUGCGCCACAUACUUAGAAGGUAUUUCAGGUAGCUGUAUUCUAUUUCAGUUGUAUAUCGCAAAGUUUAUUAUCACAAGUGAACUAUUCCCUACUGCCGUCCGAAACAUCGCCGCCUCGGCAUUGGCUGUAUCAAGUCGUUUGGGCACCAUUUUUGCCCCACAAUUGUUCUAUUUGGUUGAUAUCCACCCGGUGAUCCCUUAUGUCGUGCUCCUCGUCGUAUCCAUUAUCGACUGCAUCGCCUUUCAAGCCCUAUUACCGGAAACAAAAGGCAAAAACCUUGAAAACCACUUGCCACCGAAGGAAGAGCGGAUAUUCUAUCGGAAGCAAUCUGUUCAAUGUGACCGCCCUGACGUCUUGGUUUCUGAUCCGGUAUAG